UAUGUAGCUUAGCUUCAAGCCUUCAACUUGCACUGCCCAGCACAAAACUCCGCAAAAGCUUUGAUUUUCAGCCCUCAAAUUAUCUUGCAGACAUGAAUGUUUUUGAAAUUAAUGGUGCUACUCUCUCUCUUGCUCUCUUCACAGACGUCACCAAUUCCAAAAAACUUCUCGAUGCAAUGCAAGCAGGUACGCUGGAACCUGAAGUAGCCUUUCUUAAUGCAUCGAUUAUCCCAGAUAUAUUCCCUGUUCUAGCUGCUGCUCACAAGACACUUGUAGCCAAAUCACGGGAAUCGCUUGCAACACGCACUCCACAUUCUGAGUUGGUUUUCAACUACUCGGGCUCUAAGCAUAUCAAAGAAUCCUUUAAAAGAUGCGGAAUUACUGAAGAAGUAACAUAUGUCCUUGUGGCUCGUUUUAAUGCUUCUGUAGACGAGAUUGCAGCUAUAGAGAAACUUGUCGAAGGUAAGAAGGUUGAUUUAACGGAGUUGGAAAAAAGAGCAAACCAUGCUCAAAUACAAAAGCAAUACAAAAUAACGCCAGCAGAACUAGCAAUAUCAUCACUUGCCGAUUCUAUAACAUGCCGUAUUGCUGCUCGUGAUGCUUUAUGAUAGAAAAAUUUGAUAUCUGAGAAUGUACCACCCCUCUUGUGCCAUCUCUGCUCGUGAUGCUUUAUGAUAGAAAAAUUUGAUAUCUGAGAAUGUACCACCCCUCUUGUGCCAUCUCUGGUGUUCAAUCGACUGCAGUAAGAUAGCUGUGCAAUUUAGUGUGAUGAAUAUUAUUGACAGUGUAAUUUGCAUUUUCAUUAUUGUGUGAUUCUAGUGAAACAGAACAUCUAUGAUUGGUUCUUUGAAAGCACUCUUCCUUCGAGCUA